CUUUCAUUUUUGUCAAAUAUACUUGUCUUGAGAUAUUGUUCAUUAUUAUAUGAAUCAUCAUGUCGUCUGAUCAAGAAAAACGAAAAAAUGAUACAUCGUCUUAUACUCGACCCUUAUUGGUAGGUGCAGCUAGUGCAUUUGCAGCUGGUGUGUUUGGUGCUAUUUGGUACACGAAAAGAAAACAAUCCAAACACGAUGCUUUAAUUCAAGAUCAUCUCAACAACACUGCAGAAUUGAAAACUAAUAAUGGUACAACUCCUCCAAAGAUGACCCCGGUUGAAUAUGAAUUGGCAAAAAAGCAAGCUAGAUUCUUUGCUCUCAAGUCUUUAGGUUAUGGUACUUUAUUGGCUCUGACAGGUGCAGGUGUAUUAGCAACAGCAGUAGGUUAUUGGUUAGAUGUACGCAAUUUUCAAGAAUUCUCCGAUAAACUGCACAUCAUCGUUCCUCAACGGACUGCUCGAUUACGACGUUUUUUAGGUGGCAAGGAUUUGGAAAUGACAAAAAGUGAAGAGGAAGAAUUGGAAGAUUUAUUACAAGAUAUUACCAUUGAUGAAUAAAGUAGGUUUAGUCUUGAUGACAAUUUUUUUUUUGUUUUGGUUAGAUAAUUAUUUUGGUGUUUAGAUAGACAAAUGGUAUAUAUUCCCCCCCCCCUCCCCCUCAUCCUUCACUGAUUUGAUGAUUUUUUUUUUCGUCUUUGUAUAUAUUCAUUUUGAACAAUAAAAAUUGCAAUUUUGAUGCCAUACUAUGAAACCUUUUUUUUUGAUAGCCUUAAACGAAAAAGGAAAGCCAUUGGUUACUUUUUAAGCUUCCAGUCCAC